AGGAGGCUCUUCUGAGAAUGCUGCCAGUGGUCAAAGCCUCCAACAAAGCUCUACUGAGUCUCUGUAACCUGUCAGAGAGAAGUUGUGAAGCUCUGUCCUCAGGUCUCAGCUCUCAGUCCUCUAAUCUGAGAGAGCUAGACCUGAGUAACAAUGACCUGCAGGAUUCAGGCGUGAAGUUUCUGUCUGAAGGACUGAAGAAUCCACACUGGAAACUGGAAACUCUCAGUCUGUCAGGCUGUCUGAUCACAGAGGAAGGCUGUACUUCUCUGGCCUCAGCUCUGAGCUCCAACCCCUCCCAUCUGAGAGAGCUGGACCUGAGCUACAAUCAUCCAGGAGACUCAGGAAUGAAGCUGCUGUCGGCUGGACUGAAGGAACCAGGCUGGAGACUGGACACUCUCAGGUAUGGAGAGAAUGUCUGAUAGAGGAGGAAGAGCUGGAAACAUGUCCUGUGUCCUUCACUCACUUCCUGUUUGUUUCCUGCAGAUGAGACAUGAACAAUUACACAUGCAGGUAGUGCUGGGCGAUAUGACGAUAUAUAUCGUGUGGAGGAUAGAAAAGUGUCUAUCGUGCCAUUUGUCUUCUGUCGUUUAUAUCGUACUAACCCAAAUUUGAUAAAUUAUUACAUAAACUAUAUAAUUAACCCUUUACAACCAGUCGGAGCAGGCACACUCUGUUUUACCUAACUAUUUUUAAAUCCCUGUAGAACUGUAGCCACGUAAGGUAGCGCAAUAAUUUUAUUUGCAUGUGAAACCGGAGGACUUGUACUUACAUCUUAUGCCAUUAGCUUGUCCUAGGUCAUGGUUUCCUUCCACAUAUAACUGCACAUGUAACUUGCAAAAAUUGCAU